UUCCUGUAGAUACCGCGGCGCCACGCGGCGCUUUGCCUUGGCUUUGCGUUUGCGCUUCGCGGCGUCGGGAGCAAGGGCGCCAGCGUAGUGAUUUGGAAGGUCGUUUCGACGCCCCGUCUCUCUCGCACCCCCACGGCACUCCCCAUGGCGCGAGCGCGACAGAGACAGCGAUGACGAUACCACCCUUCGGAAGCACUCGCCCGGUACUGAAGGUCCUCCAGUAGUGCCAUAUGCAUAUCAGCAAGCAUCCGGCAUGGCGGCCGCCGCAGCGCGUCGCAGACACAGGUCUCCACCACAUCUAGAGCACCUUGUGAGUGCAGCUUGUUAGUCAGAGUCCAGGUGGGCCGACUUCGAGUCACGCAGGGAAGCCCGACCGACAACACGACUACUGCACCACCAAGAUGUCUCAGCUCAAGCUCUUUGUGGUCCUCCUGUGUGCCGCGAAUGCGCUUACCAUACCACCCGAGAAGAAAGCUGCCAGAGCAGAGGGACACACUGAGGGAGGCGAUCCUAGAGGACUUACUCUCUCUUCUCAACUGAACCAUGAGGGGAAAUCUUCUUCAAAAUUCUUUGGAGGAAUCCUGCCAUCCUUUCACUCUCCAAAUCAAGGAUUCUUUCCGAGUCCCAUGGGAGGAUACAAUGUGGGGGGCUUCCCUUCUUACCCAUAUCCUCCUUCCCCAUAUGGCUACAUGAAUGGCCCAUUCAACUAUGGAGGAUUUUACCCCCAGAAUCCCGGUUACUUUGGACAAAAUUUUGGAGGAUAUGCAGCCACUCAGCAGCAGCAGCAACAACAACAAUCUUCUCAAAUUGGAGCAGGUGGAUCAGGAAUGGGAGGAUUUCAAUCGCCAUUUGGGGGUUUCAGGAAUCAAUAAUAGAGAACACUGAACCAGGUUUAUUUUUAAAUUCAUUUAGAGAUUGUUUGAAGUUUGUUACAAAGAUUGCAAUACUGUACUUGAUCAUUCCACCAGUGUAAAAUCAUAUGGUUGGAAUGCUUCCCUGAAUCGUUUUACAAGUGCAACUUCUUCUACUUUGUCUUGCUUUACAUCCUUCCAAUCAGCCAUGUGUUCCCUAUCCAGAAUGGGUCCACUAGCCAAAACUUCCCUGAAAUCAACAGUAAAGUUUGUAUUGGUCAAGCAUACAUAAAUUCAAACAACAUUGCAAUUAAUAAUAAUAUGAACCAACCUGCCAAAAUUCAGAGAAAAGCUUUUUUUAAUUCUGUGGAAAAGUUUAUCUCCGUUUGGAAGUUGGACAUAAAAAUAUGGAGCUCUAGGGCCGGCCACUUGAUCUAGCUUUGCAUGCUCUGGAAGUUCAUCCAGCUCAAAUCCUUCAGCUUCAGCAGACUCCUAUUUUAAAAAAUACACAUAGAUAAAACAGUAUUUGAUUUGAUUAAGUACCAUACAUUUAUCUUUUAGAGUAAUAUAUACUCACUUGGAAUAUCUCACGUAGCUCUUUUGUUGCGUUUUCUGGAAUAGGUAUGGCUUGUAUUUGCAUAUGUGAAGUUUUGUAGUUUCGUUCGUAAAACACUACUGCUUUUUUCUGCUUGGAACACGCUUUCUUGAUAGCCGAUUUGAACCUUUGGAAAACAAAAAUUGUUAGUAAAAAAUGUAUAGAGUUGUUGACAGAAAUUUGCAGAGCUUAGCUUACUUUUCAAUUUCAUCAAGCACAUCCUGUGGGGCUUCUGCAGUAGAUUGAUGGUGCUCUACCGGCAGAAUCAAUACAUGGUCCUCGACAAGGCCACCUUUCGCCAUAGCCAAGUAUGCCUAUAAAAAAUAAAAUAUUACAUUAUAAGAUAACUGGUAACUAGAAACAAAGGUGAUGUGGAAACCAGGAUGUAAACAUACAUGAGUGCCCACACUAAUGACAAGAUGCUUUUCAACUUCCGGGCUGGCAAGACAAAACCAGCACUUGGCUGUAAAAUUCAAAGAUUUUGAGUUAGAGGCAGGACAAAGUGUUAAUGUUACAUGUCAAAAUACAUUUUAUUUUAGACCAACCUUGGUCAAAAACUGGU